AUGAUAGCGCAAGACACGCGGUUCUACAACAACGCCACUACGGAUCGAAGGGGAGCCCCACUCAGUGUGCGACUAUCGAGCGAGGCUCAGUACUCUCGCCUCUUCUAUGGAGAGCAAGAGGGUCAGCUUGCAACGUUUCUCCUCUCGGAGCUCAAACCUUCUGAUCAUGUCCUGGACAUUGGUGGGGAGACAGGAGUUUUCACGCUGACGGCUGCACGGAGAGGAGCGCGGGUAACGACCAUUGAGUAUGACGCAGAGCUGGCAGAGAGCCUGGACGAGUCGAUCAGAUUGAACGGAGUGGCCGACAGGGUGCUACUACUGACGUGGCUUCCGAACUCUGUUGAGGGGUAUGCGACCAUGUUCGGCAAGGCCGAGAGAGGGUGCGUUUACUCCGGUAUCGCUACUGUGAAUCAGACCAGCGAAGAGUACCUGCGUCCUAUCUACACGUUGCCGACUCAUACCAUCGACAACGCCUUGCGUGAAGGACUCAUCGAGAAGCCCACGAUCGUGCUGGAGGGAAUGCAUGCGCUGCUAGCUGGAGGCAUCGAAGACUCUCCGCGAUAUGUUCUCGUCGUUGUCUAUCCCUACCAGGUGGAGGCAGAGAUGAUGGAAGGGGAAGGGAAUGGGACACGAGACGAGAAGGGAGGAAAGGGGAGAGUAGAGGAGAGGAGGGAUGCGUGGCUACGUCGAGUUGUUCAGUGGAUGCGUGUGAGGGGAUACUCGGCUGCUGCUGAUCCUCCAUUGGACCUUCCAAACGAGCUGGAGGAUGCAUGGAUGAACGACUCGGUCGACCUGGAGCACCCACUGAUGCUGGACUGGUACAAGCAGAAGGUUUACAACUUCUUCUCGGCUCAGAUGAACUCCGGGGGCGUACAGGGACAGGCGUUUCUCUUCCAGAAGGUUGCAAGGUCGACUUACACAGGAGAGUUCUUCCGUCCAGUGAAGAAGCUCAAGACAUGCAAGAGCCAAAUCCCUUCCACUUCAUCCUCUCCAUCUGCUUCUCCAAGAUCCUCGCAAACACAAGAGCUGGGUGAGCAAACCUCCAAGAUCUCCAUCUCAUGGACAGGACACACGAAGAAGUCGAGGAAACCGAGAUUCUCUGUUGAGUCUUCGAAGGGCUCACAGGGCCUUGAGGACUGGACUGUAUGCUCAGAGAAGGCUCUAGAGAUGGAAGAAGGGGAGGGAGACAUUGAGCAGCAGCGACUGGCAGGGGAGGGGGAAGAAGAGGUCAUUCUUUCAGAGGCUCCUUUGACUCUCGUCUCAGCUGUCAGCAAGGAUUACUUUGACAGGCUGAGAAACUUGAUAGGCAGCGUCCACACUAGCGAGCCUGACCUGCCGGUUGUCAUCUUUGACAUGGGCUUGUCAAAGGAGCAGCGGAAGGAGCUAUCCAGCUGGGAUGGAGUUGAGCUGCGCGUGUACAACUUUGACAAGCAUCCUGAGCACGUCAGGACGUUGGCGAACUAUGCAUGGAAGAUGCCGCUGAUCCAGCACGCGGCCGAGGAGCUGACCAACAUCCUGUACCUCGACUCCAGCAUAGAACUUCGCAGCUCCAUCGAAGAGCUGAGGGAGAUGCUGGCCUCCGACGGAUACUUCUUCACCACUCAAGGUUGCAAUCUCGCCGAUGCCCCUGACGUCCCGUGCGACCCCCAGGAGGCGUGUACGGUCGGCGACAAGACCCCGCCAGGCCUUAUCCAUGAGCUGUUCGGCAUCCCCGAUGAGCAGUGCCCUCUCCUCUUCCGCUCCUGCAUAGCUGGAGGGCUGGUGGGGAUCAACCUGGACACGCGAGGAGGCCGGCGAGCGAUGAGGGAAGUGAUUGAGCCAGCGGUUGGCUGCUCGAUGCGCCUCUCCUGCAUCUACCCCAAGGACGCUGUCGCCAUCGUCAACUCAAACUUCGACAUGGCGCCGCUCGGCCUCCUCCUCCAUGCUGCUGGCCUCAAGUUCCGCCCCGAGAGAAGAUUCAACGCUGCGCUCUUCUCCGCCCUCCACACCAGCGAGCCAGCGGCAAGGGAUGCAGGAGUGAUCUUGUACACCAGAAGGAGGUUCAAGGGGUUGACGUACCUCCCCUUCAAGGACUACAUCCGGCUGAAGGACAAAGUGACUGGGAAGGAGGAGGUGGUGGUGGACGGCCCUCAGGUCAUCGCUCACUCACGCGGGCAGACUGGCCUCCUCUACUCCACUCCCAAGACGAUCUCUAGGGAGGAGGGAGGGAGGACGAGGGACAAGCAUGAGCCAGUCUACCCCAUGACGGUAGAGCCGCUGGCUACAGAAAAGAAGCAAGUUCAAGAAGGGGGCAUGGCAGGGGAGAGGAGGAGGGCGAGAGCAGGCCGGGAGUUCCCGCAGGAGGUGUACGUGAGCAUUAUCCUCGCGGCCAGAAAUGACGGGCAUGAAGGCAACUUCAUGACGCGCCUGCAGACGUCGCUCGACCAGCUGGCGGCAGCAGCAAGGAUGCAUCCUACCCUCAGCGCUGAGCUCGUCCUCGUCGAAUGGGCUCCCAGCCAUCACCGUCCUCCUCUCCGUCGCGCUCUCGCAUGGCCGGCAGGUCUUCCUCCCGUCCGCAUCAUCCGCGUCCCAGCGAGCAUCCACGCUGCUCUCCCGCAGGCGGCCAAGGACGGGUUUCCUCAGUUCUACGCCAAGAACGUCGGUAUGCGGCGAGCCCGCGGGAAGUUCGUGCUGGUGACCAACGGCGACAUCCUGCUGGGGCAGGUUCUUGUCGGCAUCCUUGCUGACCGUCAGCUGGACGAGGAGGCCUUCUACCGCAUCGACCGCCACGAUCUCCUGCAGCGAUUCCAUCCCACCAUGAGGAAGGGCGACAUGACGGAAGCGGCGCAGGGGGCCCUGAGGCGGGUGAUGACGAUGCAGCGGCUGGCGGUGGGAGACCUGCUGUCGCGCGUUGGGCUCGAAUGGGACGCGCUGGGCGAACUUCACAGGACCACCCACGGACAUCUUCGAAUCACCUUUCCCGAUGACCUUCUUGUUCGAACACAGUAUUGGGAUGCUGUGACUCUGUUGGGAGACGGACCAGUGGUCAGGUAUCCCCCGGAAGGGAUGGAGGAGGAGGAGGAGAAAGAAGGCUACGCAAACCAGCAUCUGGUCAUACGGACAAACCAGACUGGAGGAAGAAAGAGGAAGUUCUUCAUGAUGCCGGUCCUGGUCGACUCCUUCCUCACUGUAGCUGCCGCCGCCGCAGGAUACAAGCAGAACAUCUUCAUGCCACCAGCCUGCGUCUUUCACCAGUACCACCCUCAGGGCACGAUGCCGCAGCGAGUGGCUGAGACGGUCGGGGAGAAGGAGAUCAGCGCCUUCAUCGCCAACGUGACGUGGAUGCUGGAGGAGAUGACCCCGAUCCUUGUCAACGACGAGAACUGGGGAUAUGCGCAAGAGUCGUUCGAGGAGGAGGAGAUUCUGCCAGGAGAGCAGUAG